AUGGCUGAGGACACAAAUGCCCUCAAGGUACAGCCUAGCGACAAUCCAGGCUUGGUCCUGGUUACUACACUCUUGGAUGGGACUAAUUUUCUAUCCUGGAGCAGAUCGAUAAAACUUGGCCUAAGGACAAAAAUGAAACUAAGUUUCAUUAGUGCAGAUAUAAAGAAACCUGAAGAAAAUACAAAGGAGAUGGAACAAUGGGACAGAACGGAUUCUAUGGUUACAUCAUGGAUCUUGAACUCUAUUUCACGGGAAAUAGUAGAAAGCUUUAUGUACACUAAUUCAGCAAGGGAAUUAUGGGUCGAAUUGGAGAAUAGAUUCGAACAAAGCAAUGGCCCGUUAGAAUAUCGGCUGAAGAAGGAGCUUGGGGCACUCACACAAGGUUCUUUAACUCUUUCAAACUACUUUGGAAAACUCAAGAAAUUGUGGGACGAAUUGGCGUGCAUCACUUACACGCCAAAGUGUACUUGUGGGGCAGCAAAGGAGACUUCAGAAAUCGAAGAACAUGAUCAAACCAUUCAAUUCCUUAUGGGAUUGAAUGAUGUCUAUGACCAUGUGAGGAAUCAUAUCCUCAUAAUGGAACCUAUACCAGCAGCAUAUAAGAAGCCAGAAUUUCAGAAAAGUCUCCAAAAGAACAGAAACCUCCAAGACAAAAGGCAACUAAUAUGCAAAGAAUGUGGGAAAUCAGGCCAUUUAAAGGAGGCAUGCUUUGAAAUUCAUGGCUAUCCCGAAUGGUACAAGGCCCUGAUGGAACAAAGGAAAUGGAAUGCAAGCACAACCAACAAGGCAGUAGCAACUAUUGAAAUGAAGGGCACUGGUAACAAUGCUGUUGAUGAACAGACAAUUGCAAGAAUGUUCAGAAAUGUAUUCCACAAAUUUCUUGGAGGGUUGAAGCCACAGACAUCACACUUGAAGGAUGAAGACAGAUAUGAUUUCUCAGGUAUAACUUCACACUUGGGAAAUCAGGCCAUUUAA